AUCUUAACGUGGCAGCAAUGGCAUGUUUAACCGUCGUAAUAAUUGUUCUUUGUUUAAAAAGUUUACUAACAUCCAUUAUCAUUGUACGAUAAAAAUAACGUAUCUUAACGUAUAUCGAGUAACUGAUUUAAAAAAAGAAGAAGAAAAAAAAAAGGAAUCAUGUUACAACUCUUUAAUCAUUAUUUAGUUCUAUGACAUGGAAGAAAUAGAAUCUAUAAAAGUGUUAUUACAGAAAAGAAGAAAUAUUUAUCAUGAAAAGUACGAAAAUGAUACGAAAAAACAGAUAGAGGAACAUAAUAAUUUAAUGAAGCAAUUGACAACUUUACGAGAAGAAAGUGUGCAAUGUCAAGAAACCAUCGGUAAGAACUGCAUUAAUUUAAUUACAAAUGAAAAUGCAGUAAAGAAAUUAUUAUAUGAUUCAAAACAUGUACCGGGUUUACCAAUAUCUCAUGACUGUCAUCAACAAUCCAUAGAAUUUUUCUCAAGUGCUUUAGACUUUCUAAAUAACUUUCAAGCUUCUGACGGACCUUUAGAAAUCUUACAAAAGGAUAAUGUUGAUACUGAUAAAUUAAAUAAUGAUAUUGUAGCAUGUACCAACCAUAUAAGCAAUGAAUUUUAUAAAGCAAAAUCUGCAUUUCUGCAUGUAGAAAAAGUCAGAAAUAAUAUUGAAGUUCUAUGUGAUUUUGGCUCUAUUUCUGAUGAUGAAAAUGCAGAGUUAAGUGCAUCUGAUUCAUAAUCUAUUGACCUCAUAUGCAAGAAAUUAUGGAUUCAUCUUUCAAAUCUAAUUGACUAUCUUGAUUUAAUGGACUUUUUACCAAGUUAAUGUUAUCCGUACUUACAUCCGACAGUGGAUGUAUAGGUUUAUCGCUUGAUCUGAUACUGGACGCAGAACUGGUUAUAGUUUUUAUACCAAAUAAACUUUCCAUUAAAGUACUUUUAGUAUUUUGUGUAAUUACAUUCUUUUGCUUUAAUGGUAUUUCUUCUUCAUCUGAUAUUAAAUCUGCUAAAGGAUCUUCUUUAUUGAAAUCUGUGAAAAACCAAAAUUUUUAUUUUCAAUAUAUGUUUAGAACAAA